UAGUUAAUUAAAUAUGAUUCUCCGUAACUUGAACAGUAUAUUUAUUUCACGCUGUUUUAUACGACGAGCUGUCACAAUUCCUUCCAAAUUUUGUGAUCGAGUAAAUAUCAGUGCAGAGAAGGGAUGUGACGGUGAAGAAUUGAAUGCUGUUGAAAGUCGUAUUUCUGGUAAUUUGCUUGUUUCAGAUAACUUUAUAAGUGAAGAAGAAAAAACAAUGUUAUAUGACGAAGUAAGGGCAUUAUUGGAGAAGAGGAGUUACCAAAAUGAACAUUGGGAUGACGCAAUUCAUGGGUAUAGAGAAAGUGAAAAAGAAAAUUGGUCCAAAUCUUGUAUGAUGGUCUUCAAAAGAGUGAAGGAGGCCUCGUUUGAUUCCUCGCACACACUUUUGCCUUACGUUCACAUUCUAGACUUGGAUUUCAAAGGAUUCAUCAAGCCUCAUAUUGAUAGUGUAAAGUUCUGUGGUUCAACAAUUGCUGGACUAAGCCUCCUAUCACCGUCAAUAAUGCGAUUUCGCCACGAGAGAUUCAAUCGUGUUACAAUAGACGCCCUCCUCCCUCGAAGAUCUUUAUACAUUUGCAGGAAUGCAAUUCGCUACGAAUUUACGCAUGAAAUUCUUCCACCUGAGUUGUCAAUUUGGAAUGGAGAUAUAAUUGGGCGAUGUAGAAGGAUUUCUUUAAUGCUACGCUGUAAACCAGAAGAAAAUUCUGUCAAGGCAACGUGAAAUACAGUUUUUCGCCGCUCAGUGGCCUCACAAUAUUGUUAAUCCAAUGUUACGUCCGAUGCCAAGCAGUAAGUGUCGGUGACAGACGCCAAAACAAAAGAUCCCGCA